AUGGAGACCGAGCAUCAGAGUGACCUUCCUCUUCCGCUCGAGAUCGUCACAUUGAUAUGUUCGACUUUGCCGAAACCCGACCUUCUUCGCUUGAGAUUGGCCGCUCAUCAAUUCCACGACGUAGUGACUCCAUCAGCUCCCAAGGCCUUUCAUCUUAGAGUUUACGGAACCGUCGCAAACUUCACCUCCAUUGCAACGUCACCCCAUCUGCGCACCCACGUGAAGGAAAUUACAGUUGAUGCAAACACUGGCCUAUAUGAAUACACUUCGUAUGAUACACAUGAGUUAUCCAGUGGCUUCUUCAACGCCCUUCCUCACCUCCGCUACUUUUCCAAUCUCACCAGCCUGCACUUGAGGUUCAGUGAAUAUUGUGGGAAUGAAAAUAGAGAAUGGCAACCAGCAAGAGUCGAGGAAGGCUGGCCGUUUCGAUAUAGAAUCCUUGAUAUUAUCCCACACUGUAUCGUGGGAUUGUGGUCACGGGCAAAGCUGGUCGAAGCCGAUGAGAGGGCGAAUCUUCGUUUUUUCGGACCUAGAUACCGAGAUGAUGAUCCAGAGUUCGUCACUGGGUGCAUGGAGCACCUCCAAGAGCUCACGAUUUCUAACUUGGCCGAUUAUCGUGAUUCCAAUCUGACUUCUUCAGAUGCUUGGCAGCAAUUACUCCGCCUACCUCACUUGCAGGAUUUGAAGCUCUUGAUUACUACCGAGUAUUAUAGGUUGAAGAACCAGACUUACCUUCCCCCAGAAAGGCAUGAAUUCUUUCAAAAGCUGCCCUACACCUGGCUAUCGCCAAGUCUGGGGAUUCAUCUGAGAACUCUAUCUCUUUACUAUACUGAGUACUGGGGCUGGUUCCCGACAAUGAAUCUCUAUGAGAUUGGAACGUUGCCUCAGCUUAAGAUUCUAGCUCUUGGCAAAUUUGUCUUUAUGGAUGAGCGACAAACCAACUGGAUCGCAAGCAUAGGAGAGAGCAAUGCAAGCGGCGGUCUAGAGGAACUAUACUUGGAUGAUUGUCCUAUUCUGUUCAAAGCCCGUCAACGCAGUCCUCUGACCAGCGAUGGAUACCCGUAUCACCACGCUGGCUUGGCGAAUAAUAAAGACUCUUCUGAGACCAAAGAGUAUGCUAUCAGAUGA